AGCUCCUGCCUCCUUCACUUGCUUCUUGCUCUCAGUGUCGCAGGGCAUGGACUGAGCGGACGGCUAGCCCAGUUCUUCUACGCAACGCCAUGGGAUUGAGCCUGCCAUCUGGAGUGUCAGCCCUCCUGGGUCUCCUCCAGCUCCUGCUGCGGAUCCCACCCCUUUGUGCAAACCCAGAAACUGCAGUGUCGUUCUUUGGAGAUGGCUACCUGGAGAUGCCUUUGGCAAACGCCUACGACGCCGUCCAGCUUCACGUCCAGUUCUACACGAGCCAGCGCAGUGGACUCCUUUUCUUGGCUGCAGGGCAGACAGAUUAUCUCCUGCUGGAACUCCACAGCGGUGUCCUGGAGGCCAGAAUGGAUCUCGGCUCAGAGGAAGUGACCCUCAAAUCUCCAGCUGGACCUCAUCUCAAUGACCUUGUGGUCCACGACGUGGAUCUCUUGGUGGCCGACGGGCGGAUGACCUUGGUUGUGGACGGCUUCUUCAAUGCCUCUGUGGAAAUCCCAGGGGAUCCCCAAGCGCUGGACAUUGAUUAUGGCCUCUAUGUAGGGGGGACAGGGACUCUGGAGCUACCGUACCUCACUGGCGUGAGCGUGCCAUUCAGGGGUUGUCUCCACACAGUGACGUUCAACGACCAGGACGUUCUCUCCACAUUGGCUUCUGGAACGAAGCGAUCUCAUGGCCUCCGAGAGGGGUGUAGCACUGAGUUCUCCGCCGGGGCCGAUGACCCUCUCGGCUUUCUGGGACCAAACUCUUACGUCGCCUUCCCCGGCUGGAGCGCGAGGAACGAAGGGACCAUCGAGUUUGUGAUCACCACCAACAUCAAGCACGCCCCUCUGAUCUACCAGUCGGGCCUGGAAAACGAUUUCUUCUACCUGGAGAUCUUUGACGGGCGCCUCCGAGGAGCGGUGGAGAAAGGGAACGGCUUGGUGGUGCUCCACAACAACAUCUACCUCAGCAACGAGCAGGACCACUACGUCAAGGUCCACAUGGACGUCCGGAGGUUCGAAAUCCUGGUGGACUACUAUGCUUCGCAGACCUCGAACAAGGGAAUCCACAGCUACCUCGACCUCCAAGGCCCCCUCUUCAUCGGCGGCCUGAAUGAGAAGGCUGCCCAGAGGAUGAUGGAGCGUGGGCUGGCUUUUAUGUCUGGAAACAGCAUCUUCAAUGGCUCUUUUGUGGGCUGCAUGGAGGACCUGAGAAUAAACCAGGAGAGGAGAAGUUUGCAGGAUGCUCUUGUCACUAGGGAUAUGACUGUGGGCUGUGGGAAGCAGGAACAGUAUUCAGACUACGAUGCUGCUUAUGAACAGGAUGAGGCCCCCACCACCUCUCCUCCAGACCAUUGGCAGGGUCCGGUUAUGGAGCGCUGUCGUCCGGACCCUAGCCUCCCUCCGGUGUUUGCUAACUUCACCAAACUGCUGCAUGUCAGUCCCCUGGUGGUUGCAGAAGGAGGCACCACCUUUCUGGAGUGGCGGCACGCCCAGCCAACCAUCGACCUGAGCCGCGCGAACAUUAGGCAGUCUCAGGUCCUCUUCAGCGUCACCGCCAACCCAAGACACGGAGAGCUGCGGGUAGAUAUCCCCCAUGCAAGGAACCGAAGGAAGUUCACUCUGUUGGACGUCGUGAAUCGGAAAGUCAAGUACAUUCAUGAUGGUUCAGAAGGACCCAUGGAUCAACUCCUCCUGGAGGUGACCGUCACCGCCAGAGGAGGGAUCCCAGAGUGCCUGUGGCAGGGUCAGACCUACCUGCUGCCUAUAAAGAUCAACCCGGUCAACGAUGCACCUGAAGUGAUCUUCCCACAUGGAGAUCGCAUGGUCAUUCUGGAGCACACGCGUAAGCAUCUCAAUCCAGAAAUUAUUCAAGCCGUGGAUGAGGAUACCCCUUGUGACAGCUUGCGAUUCCAACUGCUCGGCGGGAAGAGGAUGGAGGAAGGCUACGUGGAAUACGAUUUCCAUCCCGGAGAGCCAAUUGAGGACUUCUCCUGUAGGGAGCUGGAAGCAGGCCACGUGGUCUACGUCCACCAAAACGGGCCCACGUCCACUCUCAUUGUCCAAGUGAACGACGGCAUAGUCAUGAGCCCAGUGGCUACCUUGAGGGUGGUGGCCGUGGAGCCGGAUAUCCAGGUCCGCAACAACACAGGGCUGUUCGUCACACAAGGGGGCGUCGUUCCCAUCACCAUGGCCAACCUCUCCGUGGAGACCAACGCAGUGCAACAGAGAGUGCCCGUCUUGUAUCGCUUGACUGUGCCCCUCCAGUACGGCGAGAUCCAAAAGCAAGGGAACUUGGGUGGGGAAUGGAAGAAAGUAGAGUCUUUCCACCAGCAGGACGUGGAGCAAGGGCGCGUCCAGUAUUUCAGCACGGACGAUGAGCACCGCACAGAGGACAUGAUCGAGAAGCUGCAGUUCCUUGUCCAGGUGGGGCAAAAGACCUUGCUAAAUAACACCUUCCUCAUCAGAAUUAAGAAGGCCACCAUUCAGAUGAAGACCAUGGUCCCCCUGCAGAUGAAAAACGAGAAGGGAAAGAACAUCACCACGGCUGAAAUGGAAGCCGUUUUGGAGACACCAGAUUCUAGCUCAGAGCCUUUCCACUAUGUCGUCGUACAGCCUCCCAAAAAGGGGAACUUAGAGUUUCGCGGCACUCGGCUGACCAAUGGCUUUGGCUUUACCCAGGAAGACUUGCAAAGCCAUCAACUAAGUUACAGUGUCACCAUCAGGGACUCCAUGGAGUCCGAAGACUCCUUCCAGUUCCGCGUGAUGGCUGGCGCUCAUUUCUCCCCUGUAUAUACUUACAGGAUACAGAUUGGGGGAGACCCAGAAGCCCCCGUCCUGAUCAAUGUCCUUUUGUCUGUCUUAGAAGGAGGAGAAGCCAUCAUCUCCAAGGACCACCUGUUCAUCAAGAGCGCUAACGAUGCAAACUAUGUAUACGAAGUGAUUGACGGCCCGACACACGGGAAGCUGGUCUUGAGGACAUCUCCUUCAUCCAGCGGGGAGGUGAUAACAAAGUUCACCAAUGAAGAUAUUCUCCAAGGCCGUCUUGUGUACCAGCAUGACGAUUCCGAAACCCUCGAGGAUGACCUUCCAUUCGUGGCUGCCAAGCAGGACGAGGGAAGCUCCGACAUGGAUGCGGAGGAUGUGAGAGGUGUCUUCAGAGUCUCUAUUCAGCCUGUGAAUGACCACAGUCCUGUCCAAAUGGUCAACAAAGUCUUCAAUGUGGUCCGUAAUGGGCAGCGCCUGAUGACCACCAACGACAUUGCUUUCGUGGACGAGGACUCAGGCUUCUCAGAUGCACAGCUGGUGUUUGUCAGGAAGGACAUCCUCUUUGGUGGCAUCAUCUCCGUGGAUGACAAGAGUCGCCAGGUGUACCGCUUCACUCAAGAUGACCUACGGAAGAAGAAGAUCGUCUUUGUCCAUGCAGGAGCGGACCGAGGCUGGAUCCAGUUCCAGGUUUCCGAUGGCUUGCACCAGGUGGCCACCCUUUUAGAAGUGCAGGCCUCUGACCCUUACAUCAGAAUCAACAACCACACCGGCUUAGUCAUCCACCAGGGCAGUCAAGGGACAAUUGACUCUUCCGUUCUCAGCUUGGAAACCAACGUGGAUAUUAGAAACGACGAAGACAUCCUCUUCCGGAUCAUUGUCCCACCCAGAUGGGGCGCGGUGCUACAAGGUGGGCAGGAAGUGUCUUCUUUCACCCAGAAAGACUUACUGGCUGGAGACGUCCUUUACCACCAUAACGGGAGCAAGAAUUCCCAGGAUCAGAUCCAUCUCUCCAUCGAAGCAAACCAAGUGGCGGUGGAGGAUGUGCUGAAGGUCACAAUUUUUCUAGACGCUCAUCCUAACGCGCUGAACAUUGUACACCACGAGAAGAUGCACAUUCUCCAAGGAGAAGCUGUGGAAAUUAAAAGCAACCACCUGCUCGUUGAGCAUGAAGACAUUCCUCCCUAUGAGAUCGUCUACACAAUCACCGUUCCUCCGUUCUCGGGGUUCUUGAUGGGCUUGGCUCAUGGCCACACCUCGGAGGAGCCGACGAGCUUGAAUCCUAUCGAGACCUUCACCCAGGAAGACAUCAACGAAGGGAAAGUCCUCUACUUACACUCCAGCCCUGAGAUACAGAACGACCAGUUCACCGUUGACGUCACAGCCAACGGAGCAGAUCCUCUAGAAGGACUCGUGGUAGAACUAGAGAUUCUUCCCAUUUCAGUCCCUCUGGAAGUUCACAACUUCAGUGUGAUGGAAGGCGGCCUCCAAAAGCUCUCCUUGGACAUCCUGAACAUUCCCAGCACCUACUUCACAACUCUCAAUGUGGAAUUUAUUGUCCUUGAAGAACCAAAGUAUGGCUUUUUCCAAAAUGUGGAGAGACCUGAAGAGGACAGCAUUACUGUCUUCUCCUGGUAUGAGGUAGAGCACCAGCUCAUCAGCUACGUGCAUGAUGGGAGCGAAUCCUUGGCUGACAGGUUCACAGUGGUGGCCAACAUCUCGGAGGUUAAACAAGAGAGCCAACCCAAGACGGUCUUCAUCACCGUUACCCCAACCAACGACGAAGCACCUGUACUGGUGGUCAGCACAGGGCUUCAGAUCCAAGAAGGUGCCACCGCAGAGAUUACUCCAGAUCUCCUUCGAAGCGAGGAUGAUGACACCCCUCCAGAGGAAGUGGUAUAUUCCAUAAGAACACCCAUCAACGGGAAGGUCGUGCUGAAGCCAUCACCCAACACCUCGGUCCAACGUUUCACACAAGCUCAGAUAAACAGUGGGCUUGUUCAGUUUAUCCAUGAAGGACCCCUGGAUGGAGGGUUUUCCUUUGAUUUAUCGGAUGGCGAGAACAUGUCUCCAGGUCACUUCUUUGCGGUAACAGCCCAAAAGAAAUGGCUGAUCCGUCUGGAAAACAAGCAAGAUCUCAUAAUGUGCCCAGGUACCUCUCAGCCAAUAAGAAGUCAGAAUCUGAAAGCAGUGACCAAUGAGGAGGAAGACGUCCCAUCUCUACUUUAUAUCAUAGACCAACCUCUGCGAUUUGGCCGGUUGCUGAAUAGCCAGAAAGGGAGUGAUGGAGAGGAACUAAGGAAUUUCACCCAGUCAGAGGUGGAUGCAGGCGUGAUCUACUAUGAGCAUGAAAUGCCGCCCGAACCCUUCUGGAGCCUUGAGGACGCUCUUCACUUCCGAAUUUCUGCUCCACCGGUGACCACUGACCCCUACGUCCUGAAGAUCUUGCUGUCGUUUGAGGCCAGCUGUCCCCAGGGCUUCACAAAGUUGUGGAGAAACAAAGGUCUUACUGUUCCUGAAGCUCAAAGUGGAGUGAUUGACAUCUCAUUACUGGACGCUUCCAACCUUCUCACCCUUACAGAGCCAGACUCCAAGAGGGGAUUAUAUGAUGUGGUAUUUCUGAUCACGGAGUUACCCGCUUAUGGGACUCUGUCUGUUCCCGAUGGACCAGUUGACAGAAGACACCCCUACUUCUUGCAAUCUGAUCUCUUGGCAGGUGACUUAGAGUACGCCCAUCACGGGCAUGGCGUCCUGAAUGAUCAUUUCCAAUUUAAUGCCUGGCUCCGUCAUGUUUCUGUGAAAUCUAUUCAGCCCCCACAGAAAGAGGAGGGACCCAUUGUUUCUGGAAUUUUCAAUAUCACCAUCAAGGACAGUAACGAGAUAGCUCCACGGCUGGUUGACCAAGAACAAGUCCUACGGAUGCUCCAUGGUUCCUCCAUGGUACUCUCUCAAAAGCACUUGAAUGUCAUAGAUCCUGACAGCCCUCCUGAGGAAAUCAAAUAUGACAUCCUUUCUGGAUCGUCCAGUGGCUUUGUUGCUAACAUCCAUGAUAGACAGCUUCCAAUAACCCAGUUUACUCAAGCUGACAUCAACGCAGGACACGUGAUGUUCAUCUCCAAUGGAACCAGCUCAACGGGGAGCUUAGAUCUCACCAUCUAUGAUGGACACAACCCACCCAUUUUCACUUCUCUGGAAAUCAUGGUUCUCUCAGCAGUCAAAUGGGCUACGAAUCAGACUGUCCUAGAAAUACCACAGGGGGUGAACGUAGCUUCACUUUCACAUGAUCACCUUCUGGGGUCUUUGGACCAAGGGGAGCCAAAUAUGCUCUAUAGACUUGUGGACGGUCCACGGUUCGGUCAGGUUACAGUCGGUGGAAAGCCCGUGGCAGAAUUUUCACAGGAGCAAGUGGACGACGGGGAAGUGACCUUUUCUUUCACAGAUUUUGUCUCCUUUGAAGAUAAAUUCCAGUUCCUUGCUAUGUCCGGAGAAGUCAACGUCUCAGGGGUGGUGAGCAUUGCAGUGAAGGCCUUGGUCCAAACCCAACUGGAUGGCCCUUGGCCAAGAGGUACCACCAUCCAGUUAGACACCCACAUGCUUGAUGCCAGCGAGCUGGCCAACAAGACCAAGAGUGACCCAGAGUUCAAAGUCCUCCAGGCUCCCCAGAAGAGCCAAUUUGUGAAACUCUCCAGGGACAGAAAGAGCCAGCCUGUCCCCAUCGAGGCCUUCACCCAACGUGACGUUGAGCAAGGACUGGUUGGGUUAGAAAUCUGGGAGACGGAUGACUCUGAACCGAACCUGCAGCAAGACAGCUUUCUGUUUGAGCUGGUAGCGGAGGGCGUCCCGCCUGGCUUACACUCCAUGACAUACACCACGGAGGUCUUCAACUCCUCUGCAGCAUAUGGUGCAACGCUGCUCAGUGACCCUGGUCUCCAUGAAAAGGACUUUAGCUCCACACCCCAAAGUCUAACCCCUUCGUCUCAGACACUGGCCAUGACCACUAGGCCUAUUGAGUUAGAAAGCCCCGGGCAUAAUUCCAGCGAGCUCCUUGUCCUUCCAACGGGAAGACCAGGUCAAGGGAUGACAACCAGCACUCCUCCAGCCGAAAAGGGCAACCUCCUUGGCUUCAUCGAAACCAACAUGUUCAGCAUCAUCCUGCCCAUUUGCCUCAUCCUUUUGCUCCUGGCUUUGAUCCUCCCUCUAUUGUUCUACCUCCACAAGCGGAACAAAACGGGCAAGCACAACGUCCAAGGGACGCCCCCCAAAUACAAAAAUGGGACCGUUGUCGAUCAGGAGACCUUCCGGAAGACUGACCCUAACCAAGGGCUUCCGUUGUCGCCAGUCAACUCCCUUGAGGCCAAGGAAGCAGGACUCAACUCGAAGGGGCUGGGGCCCGGAGGUCAGCAAGACCCAGAACUUCUCCAAUACUGCAGGACAUCCAACCCAGCAUUAAAAAACAGCCAAUACUGGGUCUGAGAGGGUUGGGAUCCGGGAGCAAACAGCAUGACUGCCUCUAGGUAGAGUGACAUGAUCCUCAUGGUUGCGUUAGGGUCUUUUCACAUCUUCCUUCUUACCCCUGCCCUUCUCUGUGCAGACUUAUACAAGAGAUUCUCCUUGACAUAACCAAGUGGGUCAACUUCUAGGGUUGGCCAGACCUGGUUCCCUCAAUGAUCAUGCUUCCCCCCCUGAGGAAAUCUCCUGGAACAGGAGAUCUCAGGAAGGCUAUUGGUUUUGAGGGAAGGACAAAAUGAUAGGUGGUCAUCUUGAGAAACCAAAGCUUUCCUUACGAAUGAAAACAAAGCCAUUGAAUUUUCACACCCUUGUGGAUGCAGAAGACACCCUGGACAGCCAUGUGAAGUCUUCGAACCAAGAGGCACUGAGUAAACGGACGAUGAGCCCAGAGCUAUUUUUCAGUUCGUUUAGGGCGCUGAAUCUUCGGCAACUGCAAAAUUGUGGGAUUUCUGAGGAGGAGUAAAACCUGCCAUUUGGCGAGGCCGUUCUGCGAAGCCCAUUGGGUGGGUGGGUCUGUCUGUCCGUCUGUUGUUUGGGGCAUAUGUUUGGCAACAAAAGGUCAAGAGAUGCUGGCAAACGGGCAGCACUCGCUAUCCGCAGUUUGUUUCACCCAAGCCAAAAAAAUGUUGAGCCGUCCUAGAAUUUAUUAGGUCAUUCCGAAACAUUGGUUUCAGCCCGUGGCUGGAAAUCCCCGGGAGUAAUGAUUUCCACAAAUGUUUUUCACCGAGUCAGAAAGAUGAAGAAGUCAUUUACUUGCACUGGAUUUGACCAAGAGGUGGAGCGGAUUUGAGCUAGAUAGUUCGGAGGGGGGGGGAAGUAUACUCUUUGGUGUCUUAGUUUGAAAACGAAACCAAUACCUAGCCAAGAAAAAAAAUGGACCUCAAGGUACUAUCCUCCAGGAAAAAAAAAGAACCAAUUAUUCUCCUCUCUUCCUUUUAAAUGUUGUACAGGCGUUGGAUGAGGCGGGCCAGGGAAUUAGGGAUGAAUGGCAAACAGAGAGAGGAAAAAAACUCAAGCCAAUGUCCUUACACACAUGGAUUUUCCAACAGGGUUUUGACCGGUGCGUUGACUGAGAUGUGAGCCCAACUGCUUUACGUGGCUGGAAUCUUACUCUGCAACUUGAUGCCGCACAGCCGUGUAAAGUUGUGCAGUGUAUAGUUGUACAACAGGAUUCUGGCCAGUAGAAGAUACUGUAUCUUCCAAUUAGUUGCAAGGUGACCCUGUCCUUUUGCCUUGAACGGUGGAAGUCAAGGCAUGGCCACACAGAUGUCAAUAUAGAGACCCUCUUCCCAGAAUUCCAUUAUUCCAUUACAGCCUGGACCGCUGCAAAUUCCAUCCAGAAUGGCUCUAAAAAGUGACUUUCGAAAGCAACUCCUUGCAACUUGUCGCACCUAAGUAACUCUGGUGUUACUCAAUAUGCUGAAAAGGAGCUUUGCUGUGAUGAGUUACGUUACCCAAAAAAAGGAACUAGUUAUAACUGAUGAU